GCGCUCACACGUGCUCCGGGGCUGCACUUUGACAGCUGACCGGAAAACUACUUCCAAGGUUUUAAUCACGGGAAUUGCCCAGUGGAAAACAAAUAAAUAAAAGAUUAAUACAUAGCCAGCCGUCCGCUGUAACGUUAGACACAAUGUCUAGGCAGUCCAACCGAACGACAGACAACAAGAAGAUGAACUCUGAGCUGUUCACUCUCACUUACGGGGCUCUGGUGACCCAGCUGUGUAAGGACUAUGAGAACGACGAGGAAGUCAACAAACAGCUGGACAAGAUGGGUUACAACAUUGGCGUCCGUCUCAUCGAGGACUUCCUGGCACGCUCCAGCGUUGGCAGGUGUCAGGAUUUCCGAGAAACAGCCGAUGUCAUCGCUAAGGUGGCCUUCAAGAUGUACCUGGGCGUCACCCCCAGCGUGACCAACUGGAGCCCGGCGGGGGAUGAGUUCUCCCUCGUCCUGGAGAGCAACCCGCUGGUGGACUUUGUGGAGCUGCCCGACAACCACAACGUCCUCAUCUAUUCCAACCUGCUGUGUGGCGUCCUCCGUGGAGCCCUGGAGAUGGUGCAGAUGGCGGUAGACGUGCGUUUCGCACAAGACACUCUGAGGGGCGACAACGUGACGGAGAUCCGGAUGAAGUUCAUCAAGAGGAUCGAGGAGAACCUGCCGGCUGGGGAUGAGUGACUCUGAGGAGGAGGUGAAAUAGUGUGAGGGGCUGGGGGAGGGGUCCUUCACCUCACUCUGUCUCGCUGGACACAGGAUGGAGACAUUGAAAUGGUGAGAUCAACCAUUGGAUGGACACAGGAAUCGGGACAUGGCCCCACCUCUUAUUAUUCCAGGACUCAGGUUUGGUGCUUUCCAACGUCGGCGGUUACCUGUCCUGUCAGAAACGAUUAACCCAAACUUAUUUUAUUUUUAUUUGUCAGUGUUUUUCUCCUUUUUUCCUUAUGUUCUUUAUUAAAAACAGAAAGCACGGUUGCAGUUUCACCAGAGGGGUAAAGACUGGUUGCCCAAUUUUUUUUUUUUUUACUAUUACAACAUUUAUGUAAAACGGCUUAAUCUGUUCUUCAGGGAUAGUCUAUUCCCUCAGAGGUUUUGAGCUGUUUGUUUUGUCUUUGGUGAAGACAUAAGAAAAACGUGCAUCACAUAGAGCUGUCAGGUCCUCAGUCCAGCCAUGUCACCAUCAUGUAAAAAAAAGUUUCUUUUUUUCCUGUAAGGUUGUAAAUUAUCUUAAUCUUCUCAUGCAUUUGUUUGUUUUUCAGUUUUCUUUUGUUUUUGUCUUUUUAAUCAUACCAGAGGCUGCUGCGAGACUUGGUGGCAUGUUAACUUAUGGAGUUGGAUAUGUUGUGUAAUAAAGCGGGACAUAUCUAACGGUA